GGGGAUUCGCAGCGUCGACUCACCACCUUCGCGUCGCCGCCGCCUUCCCAGCCCAUCCGACGACGCGGGCGCUGCCCCCGCCGCACUUUCCAUCCUGCAGGCUCCCGGCGCCCCUCCGUCAAUCAACGUCCUUCCCCCUCCCCCUCCCCUUCCCCCUCCUUUUUUUUUUUUUUUGCUGCUAAUUGGGGCUUCUGUGCGGAACGCCGUACUGCCUUUUCCUUAACUACCUCAGCUUUCAUCCCAGUCCACCUCCCUUAAAGGGAAAAGGCAGGUUCCGCCUCCAGAGGUCUCAUCUCCUUCCCCGCCCUCAGUCCGCCCCACAGUAUCCCCCAAAUUGCAGCCCAUGUUCUUUUGAGCCUGACUCCGGAGGCGGAGGAUUCAGGCUUUCGGGGAGCCUAGUACAGGGCGUCCCCCGACGUGGGAGGUAGUUUGGUCCCCUUCCCCUGCCCUUAGCUUAAAUUGCUGUCUUCCCUCCCCACCCCUUGCACCCUUCGCCCUUUCACCCCCUUCCCCUUCCUAAGUGCCCCCCCCGGUCCUCCCCGCCCUGAUCGUCCCGCCCCUGUCUGCCCGCACCCUCUGCCCUCGCCCUCUCUAUCUGUCUCCUUUUCUCUCCCCCCUCUGCCCCCUCUGGCUUCGCUCGCUCGCUCGCUCGCCGCUCUCGCUCACUCUCUGUCGCCUUUGCACUGUCUUUCUGUCUGACUGUCUUCUGCUCCUUCUGUCCACUACUCUUCAAAACCCUCUUCACUAUCUCCCCAAACUCAUCCAAAAACAACAAGUCAACCCGCCCCGCCCCAAAGCCCGUCCACUCGAAUAUAAAAAAAAACAACAAAAAGACAAAAAAAACUAACUACGCCCCCAAUAUAAAAAGCCAGAACCAGCCUGACCCGAAUCCAAAAUUCGACCAACGAUGAGAUUUCGUCAGCGAGGGAACAUGGCGAGAGGAGUCGCUUCAGGGUCGGCGGACGCGAGUGUCAGCACCCUACAACAGUCCCGCAGCAAGGAGGUGGGGAGUAGCAGGAGCAGCUUUGAGAUGGGUUUCCCAAUGAAGAAGAUGCUGCUGUUAUCACUCACCUUUUUGGCCUUUGCCUCGUGCUGCACCGCUGCUUAUCGCCCCAGUGAGACCCUUUGUGGUGGGGAGCUGGUAGACACCCUCCAGUUUGUGUGUGGCGACCGCGGCUUCUAUUUCAGCCUUCCUGGCAGGCCCCUGAGCCGCGUGAGCCGACGCCUGAAUCGCGGCAUCGUGGAAGAGUGCUGUUUCCGCAGUUGUGACUUGGCCCUGCUGGAGACCUACUGUGCCACCCCCGCCAAGUCUGAGCGGGACCUAUCCGCCUCCAUGAUGGUGCUCCCGGAAAACUUCCCUAGAUUCCCUGUGGGCAAGUUCUUCAAGCUUGACACCUGGCAGAAGUCCGCCCAUCGCCUCCGGAGGGGCCUGCCUGCCCUCCUCCGUGCCCGCAGGGACCGGCUGAGAGCCCAGGCGCUGGAAGCGAUCAGAGAGGCCAAGCGUCACCGUCCCCUGAUCACCCUGCCCAGCGAAGACCCCAUCCGUACGGAUGCCUCAUCUGAAAAACCUGCCAAUCAGAAGUAGACCUGGGGGCCUGUCGUCCUGCCACUGGGGUUCAAUUCCUCUUCAUCUAUGCUCUCUCCUUUUCUCUCUUAACAUAUUUGGCCUCUCUUCUUCCAAAGGUGUUUUUUUUUUUCUGUAACCCUGCCCCCCCCCCGCCCUCGCCGUGUACCACCCACACCCCUUCCCCCUCACCCUGAAGCCGAGGGACUUUGAGUAGCUGCCUCCUUGCCCUCUCCAGGCAGCGACCCACCAACAAUCCCUUUGAUGUCCACAGGGCGGGCCGCCAUCUUGUCCCCUGGUGACACCAUUAGUUCAGGGGCUAUCCUGUCGAUAGGAUUGUUCAAAAAGCCAACACCCAAAGGCCCCCCCAGGCUCAGCUGGCUCACCAGCUCCCCCUCCUCUCCUCCCCACUCUCCUCUGAGCCCAGGCUCCUCAGUCAGAUUGGCCUUGGGCUGGGACAUGGGCUCCAACACCAGCAACAGGAGAGAGAGGGGCUGUGGGCUGUGCCCUGGAGGGGCUCCUGCUGGGAGCUCAGCCAGGGAGGGCAGACCCCUGAGCCUUGGUUAUCGACAUGAUUCCCCCCACCCCGAUUCGUUGGGGAUUCUCCUAAUUGGCACGUUCUCAAACUCAGCCCCCAACCCACCCCGUUUUUUGAACCAACCUCAUGUUCUCUGCUCCUUUCCCGCCAUCUACCAUCACCUAGGAGGAAUCCCCAAGCUGACAGUGGAUCUGCAGGUUUCUGGUUCACUCACUUUUCUGCCUAACUACAAAAUCCCGUGCCUACUUGCACCUUUUAAUCAUCCCAAAGUGAGAGAGAGGCAGAGAGUAGACUAAAAAUAGAGAUUGGAGCAGUCGGGCCGGGGUCCCCUGCCCACAGCUGCGUUUGCUGGGGUUCACCCUGGUCUAACCCAGGUGUAGACCCUAUGUCAUCUUUCAGCAAAAGAGCUCAGUCUGUGCCGAGUCCAUCCGGGGGACCCUGGCCCUCCUCCAUCAGUGUUUAAUGGUGCUAAAGUGAGUUGGCCAGGACAGAAGGGGAAGGAACACCUCAUCAGAGAAGGACGAGAGGAUGAUACUGACGGCCCUGCGCAGCCCGCUUUUCCUUUGGAGAAAGGCAGGAGGAUGCGCUUGUCUCUUCCUGCUUCUGAGGAGCACGGUUUGGUGAGCUCUUCGACACAUUCCUCAUCACACAGACACCAGUACACACGCAUGCACACACGCACACAUGCACACACGUCCACCGGUGUGCACGAGCACACACACUCACUCCACUCACACUCCUAAGCACACACGCAUCCAUGCAGACACUCACACAUCUCCAUGAAGAGCUGCCAGACUUCGGCAGACACCCCAGGGUGGGCGCCCUCAGGAUCUGGAAGCCACCAGGUAUUCUUGGGCUUCUGUGGCAGAUGGUUCAUCCUCUUAGACUUCCCCCUUCCCCCUCAGAGGUCCCGCCAACUCCCUUCUCUCACACAGCAGGUAGCUUUUUUUUCCAUAUUUUUCGUCAGUGCCGUUCUGUAUCGUGCUUUACCUCCAACAAUCAGUCCCCUGGCCUCCUCCCCGCCCCCACCCCCAGCGCCUCUAGUCCCCUCCCCCCAUUCCUCCCCUGGUCCUGCCCCUUCUCGAAAGGUUGUGGGUCCGGUCAGGCUGAGUGUGCGGAGGAGGGAGGACUCCUUCCCUUAAGCCUAGUUUUCUUAAGGGUGGGAUUCCUCUUCUUGGGGCGACCCCAAAAGCCAGAGCUGGGGGUGGCAAGAGGCUCCAUCCUUUUGAUUUGGACCAUUUCGCUUCCCAUUUGGCCAGCAGGCCCUGACCGAGGAGGCAUUACCUCCUGGGGGUGCGCUCCGGCCAGCUCUCCUCCUGGGGGGGAGGGGGCAGGCCGGGGUGAGAACCAGAACUCUGCCCCUCGCCUGGGCUCCCAAUCAUGCCCCCCAAAAAUAGCCAGACAGUCAACUACCUUCCUGCCCUCCUGUGCCGGUCUGAGGGGCGUCUGCCAGUCCCCCUCACCCCCCCCAUCACUUUUGGUCUGUUUCUCAGUGCACCAUUGAGCCAAUACAUGCCCUGAACAGAAUGGCACAAACUCGUACAACAACCAAAAACCUUGGGGAAGGUCAGCUCCUUUUAUUUAUUUGGUAACAGAGGGAUGUUCAAGCAAGCGAGGAAUGAGAUUGGUCCAAAACAGGUGGAAGAGAGGCCUCCCAAGCCUCCUGAGGUCCCCAGGCUUCGAAACUAGGGCCCUUUGGCCCCCAACAGACACCUGAAGCUUCAUCCCUGUGUCCCUGCAGCUAUUCUCCAAAGACAGCUCCCCAUUCCCCCAAACUGGGCUGGGGAGGCCAGCAGGAGCAGGCCAGGGAUGAAGCAGUGGGAGGAAGAGAAUGGGUGUGGAUUUGUGGUGGGAGGGAGGGAGGGGGGGUUUGGUUUUUUUUUUUCUUUUUGUUGUUUUUUCUUUUUUUUCUUUUUUGGAAGAGCGAAAAGCCAGAGAGAGUCAUGAAUGAAUCACAGAUUGCAGGUCUAAAACCCAGGAGAGCAAAUUUUCAAAUUUAUAUCAACUUUUUUUCUCACUGGGGUAUUUUUUCCUUCUCUCUUUUUUUUUUAAAGGCAACGUAGUUUUGCUUUAAGGCAAGCACCAAACAGCUUGGAUAGUUUUUGCUUUGAACCAAAAAAAAAUAAUAAAACUAAAAAUAAAAGCUUAAAAAAAGUUAAAAGAAUUUUAAAAGCCCAAAAAAAGGGGAGGCUUAUACAAAAGAUGCUCCUUACCAUCUCAAGGGAGGGGGCUGAAGCUGUCGCCCAGCCCUUCCAGAGGGUCUUGUUGCCUCCUCAUAUAUUCGCAUAUAAUCAUUUGUUUCUUAUUAACCUUAAUGGAGCUGAGAGCCAGCCCGGAGGGAGCGUGCGCCUCCCUCGGAGAUACCAGGAUAGGGAUGUCUCAUAGCGGGACAGCCCAGGCCUCCUCCACCGUCUGCUUCUCACGGAGAAGAGGCCCCCCCGAGGCCUGCUGGGAAGCCUUUUUUCUUUUCAUUUUCUUUUCUUCUAUUGCUUUCUCCAGCACUCAGGGCUGAGAGCACGGUGGGGGCCAUAUUGAUCUGUGUGUGACUUUGUGAAGUGUUGUUACUAUCCUGGAUGUUUGUAAGGGGGAGGGGGCAGACAAUGAGAGUUGGGGGGGUACCCGCCCUUGGACUGGUCCCUCCAAGGUCAGGAACCGGGGAGCAGAGCUGAGCUCUUGGGUGCCUGCAAAGGGACUGGGAGGCCACUUCCUGGGGGGGGGGGUGAUUGAGCUCAUGGCUCAGCCUGCAUGCCAGAAGGGCUGGAAGGCUUACAGGCAGGAAGGUUAACAUUCUGGCGAGGAGAAAAGUGGCUCUCCUUUCCUGUCCGUUCUAAAGGCACUUGGGGAGACAGUUCCAUUCUUGAAACCUCCCAACCCCAACUCUCUUUCCAACCUCCCCCAUUCCACCCCAGAGAGACUGCUGCAGUCUCUCAAGGAAGUGUUGUUUGAUGGGAGACAUCAUGCCUGACCAAUUCAGUCACACCACAGAGAUCUGACAGAGUAUUUCAUGUGCAGUCAGCAGGUUUCCCUGGAACCGUUUGUCUAAGGGUCUAGCGGCUAAGCCCCCAGUUGCAAGGUUGGGAGUAGGGUGACUGAACUGAAAGGUUUUUCCGACCCGCCUUGGCUUUUAGUUCCGCCACUCUACCAGAAACCUCCUCCAACCAGCUUAGAGACCCCAAAAUAACCAACCCAAUGGGGUCCUUGGAGAGAGAGCCCUUCAGGGACUCAUGCUAAGCCCCCAAUAGAUGGCAGACACAUUUUAAAAAGCCUUGGUAAUGGGAAUGGUGGAGAGUAAAAUAAAUUGAUCAAGCAAUACUUUAUCCAAUCAGAUGCCUCAGCAAAAUCUCAGCAUUAAUUGGGCACCAAUUGGCUUCUUCUAAAACCUAAUUAAAAUAACAACCCAAACCAUCUCUUUUGCUGAGGCAGCUACUCUGUUAUCAAAUUUUAGACCAUUUGAACUUCAAUUGGACAUCAUUGGGUUAUAAAUUGGCUUCUAAAAACCUAAGAAAAUCCAUUUUAAAAAACUUUGCUGAGGGAGCAACAACCUCGGUGAGAUUAGAACCGGGACACCAAUUGGCUUCUAAAAACCAAGACAAUUUUUCACAAAAGCAAUUCAGAAAGUACCCUUGGACCACUCCCUGAUCCAAGCAGAGCUCUGGGCAGAAGCUCUACCAAUUCCCAGCAUAAUGGGCAUCCUGGAGGCUGCCCCAGGUCCCCCUCUGGGGCUAGCUGCCCUUUGCCAACAUCGGGUAGUCCUUACUGACCAGAGAAGCUUCCUUUCAGUGUGUCUCUCUAACUUGGCCACCCCACCCGGGCCAUCCGGAGACCGUGGCACUCUCUGCUGUCCCAACAUCCCUGGAUCCCAUUGACAGAACCAUCCUCUCUGAUCCCUCCAUCUCCACCCUGGUCUUUGCUGGGUUUUCCCAGAGGCUUCUGGAAGACCCAGAGGGAGGAAUCGUCUCCUCUCCCGGCUUUGUCAUCACUCAAAGACCACUAAACCUGGGGGUUCGAUACUUGUUAUUGGCUUCUGUUUUGUACAACAGGGGGUGGGGGGAGAUACUGUAUCCGGGCUGAUGGAUUCAUGUAUGUAUGCUCAGCUUUAUUAAUAUGCAAAACUUUCUCUUCUCAAGUUUUGCAAAUAUCAUAACUUGCAUUAUCAAUAAAGCAACCAGUUAUUCUUGC